AGGCCAAUUUCUGGUUAAGACCAUCUCAUUAUUAAAUUCAUUACAACCAAGUCAAAAUAUAUACAGAGAUAGGACCUUCACUAGACCAACUUGUCAAACAUUACACUCAACUGACCUUUGAACAUCUCUUGUCUCCAAGACUUCAAAUAUGUUUGUUUUUCCCCUCCUCUCUUCACAUGUACUCUUAAUUUCCUUGACACCCGGCCUCGCCCCGACCCCGUCUUGAAAAAUAUGGCUGGGGGGGGGGGGAGGAGAGGAGGAAGUACAAACCGGUCGCUGCAAGAAACCCCGACGUGGGCUCUUGCAACGGUUUGUUUUGUGUUCAUCUUCCUCGGCAUUUUCAUCGAGUACUUGAUACAUCUUGCGGGCCAUUGGCUCAAGAAACACAAGAAGGCUGCGUUGUAUGAAGCAAUAGAGAAGCUGAAGUCGGUGUUGAUGCAGUUGGGGUUUAUGUCGCUGAUAUUAACAGUGACGCAACGAUGGAUAUCCAAGAUAUGCGUACCGGAUAAGGUAGCAAAUUUCAUGUUGCCAUGCCGAAGCCAAACGCCGACCAAGACGCCCAAAGCUUUACAGCAUUUCUGGAUCUCAUUUGGUCAGAAACAACCACAGACCUUCGAGGAUUUUAAGGUUUCGCAUCACAGGAGAGCACUGGCUGCUGCAGCUUCCGACUCUAUUGAUCAUUGUGGCUCUAAGGGAAUGAGUUCAUUAAUGUCGCAACAGGGCAUAAAUGAGCUCAAUAUUUUCAUCUUUGUGCUGGCAGCCAUGCAGAUUGUGUAUAGUUUGGCGACUAUGGGGUUGGGAAGGGCCAAGAUGAAGAAAUGGAAAACCUGGGAAAAGGAGACUCAAACUAUAGAAUACAAGGCAGCAAAUGAUCCGGAAAGAUUUAGAUUCACAAGGCAAACGACGUUCGGGCGAAGACAUGUGAGCUCUUGUGCAACAAAUCCUGCUCAACUCUGGAUUAAAUGUUUCUUCCGACAAUUCUUCAACUCCGUUGCCAAAGUCGACUACUUCACAUUGCGCCAUGGAUUCAUUUCGGCUCAUUUAUCAACAAAUAGUUCCUUCAAUUUUCGAAAGUAUAUACAACGAUCUUUGGAACACGAUUUCAAAUCAGUUGUCGGGAUAAGCCCACUAAUGUGGUUUAUAGUUGUUAUAUUCUUGCUGGUCGAUGUACAUGGUUGGAAUGUCUACCUUUGGAUCUCAUUUCUACCACUAAUGAUAGUGCUGUUCGUGGGGACAAAAUUGGAAGUAAUAGUGGCAAGAAUGGCAAUGCAGCUCACAAGCAAGAACACUGUAAUCAAAGGAGCUCCUUUGGUGCAGCCCAACAACAAUCUCUUCUGGUUCAAACGCCCCCAGCUCGUCUUGACUUUACUCCAUUUCACGCUAUUUAUGAAUGCAUUUGAGUUUUCUUUCUUCGUAUGGGUGACGUGGCAAUUCGGGAUCAAUUCCUGCUACUAUGAAAAAGUAGAAGUCAUUGUUAUAAGAGUGGUAUUGGCGGUGAUGGUUCAAGUCUUGUGCAGUUACAUCACUCUUCCCCUCUACGCCCUUGUUACUCAGAUGGGCUCUGAAUAUAAGAGUGCAAUACUUGAAGAACACACAGUCCACGCAAUAAAACAGUGGCAUACAAAUGUGAAGCAGAAGAGGAAGAGAUCAGAACAAUCUGGUAAUAUUCAGGAUGAUUCAUCGACGUUAGGGAGCACUGCUUCCCCUGACAUCUCAUCCCAUCGACCAGCUCCCAGUCUUAUAGAGUUUGCAGCAUUGCAUGAGAUCACGGAACAUAUUGAAAUCGGCUCCGAAGAUCAUCACUCGGAAGAUCAAAAUGGACUUGAGUAUGAUCAUCAUAGAACAUAGGAUACAUGUAGGCAUUUAAUUAACUUAAAUAUAUAUACAUAUUACAUAUACACCCCCAAAGAUUAAUGUUGAUGGUUAGUUGUUUUUUCAAUUGCAUUCGUGUAAAUAUAUGUUCUAAGCAUGAUCAAAACUGAGUGAACUCAAGGACUCGGACAGAAUUUUUUAUUGCAA